CCUCGAGGGGGCUGGACUACGGAAGCCUGUCCGGGAGGGUUAUGAGACCAGGAACACACAGGCACACAUGAACAUGCCUCUCUUCUACUUUCGAGGGAAAUCUACUUCAUGAGUGUCUGUGGAGAGCUUUUAUUACAACUUUGACGGUCAUCUUCUUUGAGGGUUUUUUUCUCCGUCUGUAUGGAAACGCUUUUGUAACACACUGCUCUUUCACUCGCUCGCCAAGGUCACAGGUAGCAGGGGGAAGUGGUGAGAGCUAAGCCUGCUGCAACACAUGUGAUUAUUUCGAAAAAGUUAUAAAAGAUUUAGGUUAAAACGCAGAAAGGAAACAUGGCAGGACUAGUAAACUUUAAAGAUGAGAACGAAGUGAAGCAGUUCCUGGACAAUCUGGGGGUGGAGUACAGCUUCCAGUGCCACAAGGAGAAGGACCCUGAAGGGUGCCAACGGCUCGCAGACUACUUGGAUGGCGUGAAGAAAAACUACGAAUCUGCAGCACAGGUGCUCAAACAUAACUGUGAAACAAAUGGACAUGGAGAGAGCUGCUACAAGCUGGGGGCUUACCAUGUGACAGGAAAAGGUGGAGUAGCUGAGUGUCUGAAGACAGCCUACUCUUGCUUUAUGCGCUCCUGCAGCGCCGGAGGAAAGAAGUCUGUAGAUGCCUGUCACAACGUUGGCCUGUUAGCCCACGAUGGACGAGCUAUGGAAGGGGGACCUGACCUCGUGGCAGCGCGGCAGUACUACGAGAAGGCCUGCGCCGGUGGCUUUGCUCCCUCGUGCUUUAACCUCAGUGCUUUUUUCAUCAAGGGCAAUUCCAAGGGAAUGGCACCAGAUAUGAUUCUGGCUUUGAAGUAUGCUAAUCGGGCAUGUGAGCUGGGACAUGUGUGGGGUUGUGCCAAUGCAAGUCGCAUGUACAAACUGGGGGAUGGUACAGAGAAGGACGAGAAGAAAGCAGAGGAGCUGAAGAAUCGAGCAAGGGAGCUGCACGGUUUGGAGAAGGAACGGCAGCUCAAGUUUGGGGAGUGAAUGUGACACACUUGAUUUUGUCAUUGAUUUGGUUUGGCUGCACAUGUAACUGUUCAGUCAGGUUGUUUGUGUGCACAAAUAAAACCUGGUCUAAGGGUUCCAAGUUUGGAGGUGAUGUCUUGUUAGUUUAUAUGCAGAAUGGUCAAAUGGAUGUGUGCAGCUCAUUCCCCAUCUAUAUAGAUGGUGAUAUUCAGGGAGCGGUGUUAACUCUACUUUUUGUAAUUGCAGAGUUUAUCUAAAUGUGUACAAGAAAUGUAAAAUAAAUAAAAAUUAUUUUGAUUCCGUUGAAGUAGCUUGAUAUUAAA